AUGGAGAAGAAACACUCCAACAAAAAAGGUGAUGCUAUUCAAAGUGUCAUAGCAUAUGAAGUACAACAUCUUAAGGGUGAAAAAUCCGAAGAUUAUGUUAAUCAGAUCGGAAAUAAUGAAUACGAUAACGAGAAGCCUACCAUUACCUUAGAGCUACAGGGCCAUAAGGAUACGUUUUUUGAAGAAGAUAGUCUUUUACAAGAAGAUCUUUGUGCUAUUGUCAAUUGUAAAUUUGACAAUUCCGGCAAUGGAAAAAUGGCACGAAUUAUCACAAUACAUUGA